AUGUCCCUUCGAGCAGGCCUCCCGCUCCGCCGUGCACCGCUGCGUGCACUUGGGGCUAGCACCAGCCUCCCGCGCGUCCCCGUUCCCUCUUCGCUCGCUGUGCGCGCUCGCUUGACAUCCAGCCCAACCACCACACCCUCCUCCCUCGCCAACGUCCGCUUUGCGUCUUCUUCUUCGUCGUCGUCCUCAGCCGGCGCCGGCGCCGGUGCGGCCGAGCAGCCCCCCAUUCCACCCAAGGCUGGCAAGCCGGGUCUGGCUUAUCGCGGUGUCAAGAUCUCGCAUCUUUUCGGUGGGAUCGUGUCCCUCGGCCUGCUCAUCACCAUCUAUGGCCUCCUUGAAUGGUACUUUUCGCUGCAGAUCUGGCCCGAGCCCAUAAAGACGCCGCUGAAGAAGGCGCUCAAGGCGCGCGGGCAGGGCGACUAUGACCGCGCCGACGAGUUCUUCCGUGAAGCCGUGACGGCGGCCCAGUCGGUGCCCCCGUCGGCGCUCGACCCGGACCCGUUGCGCAAGCUGUCGGGCAUCUACAUUACGUGGGCGACGAUGCUGGAGGGUAACGGCCAGCCGGUGCGCGCGUUCGUCGCGUACCGCGACGCGCUCGGCCUGUUUGGGCCGUCGCCGCUGGCCAAGGACCGCGCCCCGGCCAACGGGUGGGCCGAGGGCCACGUCCUCGACGACGAGGACCACCUGCGCGCCAUUGGCCUGGCGCAGAAACUGGGGCAGAUCGCCGUGCGCAUGGGCUCGUUCCCCAUCCCCCCGCCGUUCCCGCACGCGGCGACGGACAAGCUCAAGAGCUGGGACGGCGCCGGCGAGGCGUACCUGUCCGGAGCGCUCGGUGCCAUGCUCCGCCUGGGUCUGGCGGGCCGCGCGCCGCCCACGCCCGAGUCGGGUCCCGUCGUCAUUGGCCGCGACGUCAACCUCCCCGAGAAAGAGGGCGACACGGAGGGCCGCGUCAACCGCCGCGGACUCGGCAUGACCAUGGAGGCCCUCGCAGAGGUGUAUGCCCGCCAGGGCCAGUAUGCGCUUGCGGGCCAGCUCCUGAUCCAGGCCAUCAGCACGCUCGUUCCCCCGCAGGACAAGAACCCCAGCGUGGCAGAUAGGUGCCAGGCGGCCAUGCUCAUGACCACCGUGUCCUCGCACGCCCUGGAGCCACGCACCCCGCAGGCCGUGCGCGCCUCGCGCUCGUGGUCCCUCCAGUCCCUGCAGUUCAUCGACAGCGCCGCCGAGGCUGCCGGGUGGAAGGACGGCUCGGCGCCAGGCGACACCGCCGCGGCAGUGUGUGCCCAGGCGCGCUCGGUGGCAAACUACAACCUCGGCAUGCUCGACGAGAUGGACGGGAACAAAAAGGACGCGGCGAGGCGGUUCGCCGAGGCCCUCGCGGUCGCGCGCGAGAGCGGGUUCAGCGAGGGGAGGCGCGAGGCCGGCGAGGCGUUGAAGCGCGUCAGGGCGGCGUUGGCCGCUGAGAAGAAGUAA